UGAUGAUAGAUGGUUGUUAUAUUUGUUAUAUUUUGUUGGCUAUCUUUAUAGCUGACCAUACUGUCAUAAAGUUAGAAAACUAGUGACCAAAAACUUAAUCUAACUGUCCGAAAGUAUUAUUUUGGUGCUCUACAAUCCAAUGUAAUCCCGAGUAAUGUAGGUAAUGGUAAUCCUACAUUACCAAGGAUUUUACCAUUCUAGUGCCAAUCUAAAACCCAGCACAGAAAAUACAUGUUUUAUUUUUUCCAAGUGUUACUAGUACCUCAGCCCCUCUUCAUUUGUCAGCUUAUUUAAGGCCUCUUCAUUGCAUACUUUUUUUUCUUUUAAUCAUCUGCUUCGAAGGAGACUAAGCUGAAACUGCUGCUCAGCUCCCAAGAUGGUACCACCCAAAUUGCAUGUGCUUUUCUGCCUCUGCGGCUGCCUCGCUGUGGUUCAUCCUUUUGACUGGCAAUACAUAAAUCCUGUUGCCCAUAUGAAAUCAUCAGCAUGGGUCAACAAAAUACAAGUACUGAUGGCUGCUGCAAGCUUUGGCCAAACUAAAAUCCCCUGGGGAAAUGGGCCUUAUUCCGUUGGUUGUACAGACUUAAUGUUUGAUCACACUAAUAAGGGCACCUUCUUGCGUUUAUAUUAUCCAUCCCAAGAUGAUGAUCGCCUUGACACCCUUUGGAUCCCAAAUAAAGAAUAUUUUUGGGGUCUUAGCAAAUUUCUUGGAACACACUGGCUUAUGGGCAACAUUUUGAGGUUACUCUUUGGUUCAAUGACAACUCCUGCAAACUGGAAUUCCCCUCUGAGGCCUGGUGAAAAAUAUCCACUUGUUGUUUUUUCUCAUGGUCUUGGGGCAUUCAGGACACUUUAUUCUGCUAUUGGCAUUGACCUGGCAUCUCAUGGGUUUAUAGUUGCUGCUGUAGAACACAGAGAUAGAUCUGCAUCUGCAACUUACUAUUUCAAGGACCAAUCUGCUGCAGAAAUAGGGGACAAGUCUUGGCUCUACCUUAGAACCCUGAAACAAGAGGAGGAGACACAUAUACGAAAUGAGCAGGUACGGCAAAGAGCAAAAGAAUGUUCCCAAGCUCUCAGUCUGAUUCUUGACAUUGAUCAUGGAAAGCCAGUGAAAAAUGCAUUAGAUUUAAAGUUUGAUAUGGAACAACUGAAGGACUCUAUCGAUAGAGAAAAAAUAGCAGUAAUUGGACAUUCUUUUGGUGGAGCAACGGUUAUUCAGACUCUUAGUGAAGAUCAGAGAUUCAGAUGUGGUAUUGCCCUGGAUGCAUGGAUGUUUCCACUGGGUGAUGAAGUAUAUUCCAGAAUUCCUCAGCCCCUAUUUUUUAUCAACUCUGAAUAUUUCCAAUAUCCUGCUAAUAUCAUAAAAAUGAAAAAAUGCUACUCACCUGAUAAAGAAAGAAAGAUGAUUACAAUCAGGGGUUCAGUCCACCAGAAUUUUGCUGACUUCACUUUUGCAACUGGCAAAAUAAUUGGACACAUGCUCAAAUUAAAGGGAGAUAUAGAUUCAGAUGUAGCUAUUGAUCUUAGCAACAAAGCUUCAUUAGCAUUCUUACAAAAGCAUUUAGGACUUCAUAAAGAUUUUGAUCAGUGGGACUGCUUGAUUGAAGGAGAUGAUGAGAAUCUUAUUCCAGGGACCAACAUUAACACAACCAAUCAACACAUCAUGUUACAGAACUCUUCAGGAAUAGAGAAAUACAAUUAGGAUUAAAAGAGGUUUUUUAAAA